AUGUCUUCUCAUUUACCUUCAGCAGCAACAAACAGUGAACAACAUUUGAAAGCCAGUUGGGCUUCCGAAUAUGAACUCGAUGAUGACAUUAGUGCAAUAACCACGAGUAGUACUAGAGGUCAUACGAGUGUAGGAAUGAUGACCAACAACAACAACAACAACAACACCACGAUGAUAAUGACGACUCAUGAACAAGACUUGGCUCGAGAAGUCUCUCCAUCCAUUGGUUCAAUGGUUCAUCAUCAACAAUUACAUCACUCUUCCAUCAUCGAUGAUGGAUUGGAACAAGGAACGAUAACUGAAGAACCACGAAAGUCUCGAAGGAAUGUUCCUUCCUUUAAAUUCCUUCUAGGGAGAAAUACAUCCUCCUCAGGACAGGAUGAUCAUCUGGAAGGAGCUGGAAACAAGAACAUGAACAUUCCGACCAAUAAUGCUAAUGAAAGUUCUCUUCCCUUCUCCAAGAAUGAAAAGAAUCAUUCCUUGAAUUCCAUUCGAGUGAAAACACUCACCAUACUCUUAUUCAUGUUCUUACUCACUGUGUUGAUUUGCUUUGCCAUUCUCAUUGUUGCGUUUCAUAUUUCGUAUUCGAGAAUUGAACACACCACCUUGUUGCAAUCGAGUUUGAGAGUAUUGAGAGGAAUUCAUGAGAAUUUCUAUUAUUUACAUGCUAAAUUAUUGGAAUAUGCUCCGUGGGAGGAAACAGCUAAAUUAUUCAUGCCCAAUGUUGGAAAUGUGGAUCAAUACUUUUCCAAUAACUUUUAUUGCUCGUAUAUGGCAAGUGUCAAGCUUAGUUUUGUUUCACUCUACUUUUUGAACGGAACCAAGCUCAGAUCCUAUGCAUGUUAUAAUUCCACAUUGGAAGAGGAUAUUCCAAUAGAAUUGGAAGUAUUGAAUUCAGAUCAUUAUUUUGUGAAGGACAUGAAUGUUUCAACAACGAGAAGAGCAGCGUUCAUGAGACCUUCCUCAACAAGUGUGAAUCAUCCCAAUGAAUUCAUCAUGAUGGUUGCAAUGCCUGUAUUGACUAUGGACACAGACACACAAUCCUAUGGAAUUAUGAUCUUUGGAAUGUAUCAAUCGAGUAGUUUCAUUCAAGAUUUAACUGCCAAAACACAAGUGUGUAUUUCAUUUUAUGAUUUGAAUUCAACCAUUGGGAUGCAAGUUGCUCACGCAAUGACAGGAUAUAGUAGUGACACAUCUUCUAUUUCUUCAUACAGUGGUUUAUCUAUUAAUGCUUUGAACACAACAUGGUUGUUACAAAACUUUUUCUAUAUUGGCACCUUUGACUCGUCGUCGAGUGUAUUAACAUCAGACCGAUAUUGUGACACUAGUGGCUCGGCAUCAAUUGCUGGUGUUUUGGAAGAAGAGAGUAUUUAUGGAGAACGAAUGUCAUCUCUUCAAAUUUUACAAGAUGUCAAUCGAGAGAACACAAUCAUGCUGAGAGCAGACAUUUCUCGAAAUAUUUAUUUGAAUGGAAUUAAUUCAUUCUUAAUCACUUGGGGUGUAAUGACUGCAAUGCUAAUUUUGCUUUCAGUCUCAGUAAUUGUAUUUGUGGAGCUUGUUGUUUUGAGAAGAAUGAUUAAGCUCACUAAUGGGGUUAUACAAAUAACAGGCGAAUGGCAAAAUGAUAGUAAUGCAGUCACUAAGGGUGUUAAAUUACCUAAAUUUGGAAAAGAUGAAAUUGGAAAACUGGGAAUGAGAGUGAAUUACAUGCUUUCUGUGUUGGAGAAAUCAUUUAUACAACUGCAAAAAGAGCAUGCUCUAGCUCAAUCAUUACUCGAUCGUACCUCUAUUGAAGAACAAAAGUACAGAAAUGUCAUGAAUGGUAUCACGGAUUUUAUCAUUACUGUAGAAUGUGCAACAGGCAAAAUAAUCAACUACAACUCUUCGUUUGAAAGCAAGGUUAUUGGAAAAAUUAGAGAUGAAAACUCUGAGAAAAAUGUUCAAAACAAGAUCAUUCAUGAGUAUUUCGAAGGCAUGACUUUGGAAACACUUCUCAAAAAAUUGGAAGAACUUUCUCAAGAAAGUGGUGUUCAAGUUUGGGAAGGUGUCAUACGAUCUCGUUUUAGAUCGACCGUUCCAGUGAAUGUGACAUGCAGUAAGGUGAAAAUUGUCGUUCAAGACGGAGAUAUUAUCGAUGCCUACGUUAUGAUGGCACGAAACAUGUCUGAACAACACGAAUUGAAGAAAACUCUCCUUUCACAACAACAACAAUUUUCAGAACAGCAACAAUCCUUUGAAUUUGACUAUUAUUGGAAGAAUAGAGAAAUGAGAAACAGGUUGAGAGUGUUUUGCAUGAAUGAAAAGUCGUAUGAAAACUUUAAAUUCUUGGAAGAAAUUGAAACCUACAAAAAGAUGAAACGAACUCAACAGCGCUCCAAGAAGCAACAAGAAAUUAUUGAGCAAUUCUUAACCAAGGACAGCAAGUAUGAAUUGAAUUUAUCUCAAGAUGAAACAUUCACAUUAGUGAGUAAGAUCAAGAAUGGUUAUGGUCAAGUGGAUCUGUUUGACAAGUUGCAAGUUGUUGUGAGAAAUAUGUUAUAUAGAGAUACAUUUCAAAGAUUCUUACUCGAAAUUGCUAAGGAAAAUGAUGAAACUACUACCUCUAGUACAUCGUUGGAUCUUGGAGAUGAUUCAACAGAUACGGUCAGCAGUAGUUCACUUGUGGAUUAA